UCAGUGGUAAGUGGGUCUCUUGAUUUGCGCCAUGCAGAAGUCGCAGAGCUUCUCGGUGAUGUACCGCUGCUUCUCGCUGAUCGACGCCUUGGCCUCGUGCAGCGUAUUCCACGGCACUCGAAUGAUGCUCCAACCACAGCGCCUGAUAAGGGAAGAGAUGGAUGGACGCGUGUGCGUGCGUGUGUGUGUGUGGGGCCAGCCAUUGCUGACGUACUUGAGUAGUCUUUCCCCGAACCUGACGGCCCCACUCCGCCGCCAGUGUGGCUCGUCCCAGUGCCGUAUCAGGUGGCUGUGGCUCUCCACCUCUGCAUGGACACACACAAACACACACACACAACACAAGGAUGAGCUGCUGUGUGUCCAUCGGCUGGCAGGUGGCUCGCUGACCGAUGAUUAUCUUUCUGUCGGGCAUUGCGAAGUGCACCGUGAUGCCCUCGGGGGUCACGUACUGAGGCACAAACGUCAGACCUGCACCAUCCAACCAUCGAUGCGAUGCGCACACAUCAACACAUAUGCGGGACUAACAGGCCAUCCACGUCAAGCCCUCUCUCUCUCUGUCUCUGUGUGUGUGUGUGUGUGUCUGGGUGGCCUGACCGAGUGAUCUGAGUGUCUUCUCGAGGUCCUGGUGCACCUCCUGGAAGCGGUACUGGCGCUGCAGAGGGUUGAGGAAGUGGUACUGGCAGUGCUGCAGCGACCCACGACGCAACCCCACCGACGAUGCCAACACAUCCCCUUGGCCUACCCCCAGCCCCCCACCCCGCCCCACUCGGACACUCUCCUUCUCAUCGUCGGCUGCACCGGCCUUCUCUAUCUGGAACCCAAGAUGGGCCGCAAAUACCUGAGAGAGAGAGAGAGAGAGAGAGCACCAUCGCGUGGUUCGGUGUGUGUCUCUCUAUUGUGAGUGGCCCACCAGUCUGGCAGUGUUGGGGUCAGCCUGGCUCCAGUCAAGGUUGAGGAUGACGCCGAACAGCUCCCGGUCGUAGACGCCCAGGACGGCCGCACUCCACGCCAUCGUGGCCAAGUCGGACGCGGCGAAGUUGACAGGCACGCCGUGACGCACUAUGUCGGCCUUGAGCCGACGACGGAUCUCCAGUAGAAUGGCACUGGACGAACAGCACAGCAAGAGCAGCACGAGGUGAGGUGCAUGGCAUGGAUGAGUGUGUGUGUAUGGGUGUGUGGGUCAGCGCGGCAGCGCACCCGAUGAGUCGUUGGUUUGUGUAAGCGUUCCAUGCACAUGCGAAGAGGACCCAUGAGAGGUGUGUGCUGGACAGCUCCUUGAUCCGCGCCCCCCCGUCCCGCAGCAGCUCCUCGGACAGCGCCAGAAACAGACCAUGGUGGUUGUACCCUGAUGGAUGGAUGGAUGGUUGGAACAAACACAAACACACACACAGACAGACACACACAGGCGGAAGUCCAUGCGGUGCGGCGUGCUGUGGAGCGGGUAUCCAUCGGCUGGCUGACCGAAUCGGCCAAAGUAGAGGAAUGUCGAGGCCAGAACAGUCGACGGCAAUUGCUGAAGGGAAGGAAGCGCACACAGAGAAGCAGAGAAAGAAAGAAAGAUCACACUGUGUGCAGUGCACUCAUCGCCCGGCCCCCACCCACCUCGAUGUGCUCUGGUGCACUCAAUUGGUCGCCUAUGGACUCCAGCAGCCGCAGCGGGCGGUACAGGUAACCGUCCUGACACACAGACAGACAGACAGACACACACAGUGAGAGAGGAGGAGUAUGCUGCGUGAGUCCGCUCACCUCUGCAAAUGCGCUCAGCAGGAGCUGGUGCUCCUGGGGCCCGAUGGCGCCCUCGUCGCAAGGGGCAGAGAAGGCCUACAUUACAUUGUGUGGGGCCAACAGCACAGCACAUCACAGCAUCACACCAUGAAUGGCUCACGGGUUGCCUCACCGCUUCCGCCAGUUUCCAGAAGGCCGAGUCGAUGAUGGACCGUGCCGUAGCGUUAGCCGUCCCGUUGCUCUCCUCGACUUUUCUGGAUGUGUCAUCGGCACCGGCGGUGGCCUCGCCACCAAUUUGGGCGCUGAGUGAUGCCAGUGCAUAGACGAGGCGGGAGCCGACCUGCGGCGAGAGGCGGAAGAGCGACAGGGGCGAUGUGAGGGUCGCGUCGGGUGGUGUUGCUCCCGACACGCCAGUCGCACUCCCCGCAGAAGAGAUGUCGUCGUGCGUGUUGGUAGUGGUGCAGCACUCGUCGUCUGUCACCAGUGAGGGCGACGGCUGUCCUCCAUCAUGUGUAAAGGUGGUGUCCGAUGCGACCACCUUGGACUCCUUCAGGCACCCUCCUCCCGACUUUUGCUGCUGCUGCUGUGGCGGUCUCUUUGGCACAGGGGUGAAGGUGUCGAAUGAUGACGCGGCACCGGCAGCCGGGCCACCAUUGUCUUCACCAGUGGGGCCGUCCAUUUGUGGGAAGAGGCAGGGCCGAUCGCCGGGAGGGGAGGAAGGAGAGAGAGAGGGCCGGGACGCACUAGCAGCGACUUGAUGCGCCUGACCAGAACCUUUGGGCCUCUGUUGCCUCCCUGCCUCGCCCUCACUCCUCCUUCCGUCGCGCCUCCUUUUUGCCAUCGCCCGCCUGAGGUCUGUCCAUGAGGCAGCCUUGACCACAUCCACCACGGCGGCCAGCAGCUGGCUGACGUCACUGGCACACUGCCUGUGGCUCGAGGCGGUGAGGAGCUGCGCCACUCGCCCAGGUUUUCCUUCGUGUUGCAAUGAUUGAGGCGAUGGGACAGGAAUGGGGCCGAAGAACUUGUCCUCUUUCCUCCUCCGGCGGGUCAUCACGGUGCCGCCUGGGGUGGUCUCCUGCUGCAAGUUGCCGAGCAUUUCGACGUCAUCUUCUGCUGCCGCCAGACCCAGAGCCGAUGCAGGGGGCAGGGAGGAAGGGUCACGAGCGUCAGCCCUCAUGAGUUGUGCGAAGAUCAUCCUGUAGCCCCAUAGCAGGCGCCGGAUGAGGUUGCCGCUCAGCUGCCUCUCCUUCCUCAUCAGCUGCACCCGCAGCGCAGCCUCCAUCCCGCCCCCAUUGCCGCGCUGCUUCACCCGAGCGGCCGCCCGCCGCCUCCGAAGCACACGCAGAUAGUCCCCCAGCCGUCCGGCGCACUCUCGCGCAACCGAUGCACAUAAGGCCAGGGUCAUGUCCCCGGCAGCGGAGACCAUCUUGAUGGCGCCCGCCUGGAGAGCGAUGCCGUGGGCGAUGAGCAGGUUGACGAGGGAGAAGAAGGGGAAGGACGACAGCGACAGUGAAGCAGGGUGGUCAGGGGCUGCCAGCCGGCGGGACACCUCGCUGAACACCUCAGCACAGAGCUCCCUCACGGCCACAGCUGCUGAUGUGUCGGCUGGGGUGGUGGGGCCACCUCCACAACCACCGUACCCGGAGGCCCACUUGGCUGCGUAUGCACGCUCCUCUUGCUCGGCCAAGAGUUGCCUCGACAUCUGGGCAACGGACCACAGCAGGUCGCUUAACGCGCUCCCGUCCAGCUCAUCCAACUUCCGACGAUUCUCCGGGUGUUGCUGCCUCAGCAGCUCCCCCACAGCGACCUUGAGCAGCCGCUCGUGCACCACACGCGCCUUGGCGAGCCCCAGCAGGAUGCGCACCAGCACGUCGCCACUGAACACUUCCGCGUUGCGCAUCACCUCCUGAGCCACACGCCGGUAGAAUGCCGAGUGGACAAUGCCCGAGCGGGCCACCGACUGGGAAAGCUGCCCCAGGUGGUCGCUUCUGAAGUCACUCAGCCUGUCUCUGCUGGCCUUGUUGCGCGCAGAGUGGAGGUGUGUGUGUGGGUGGGGCACCAGCAGCCGCUCUAUCACCAUGGGCAGGUAGAUGGCCGCCAAGGGGACAGGCGCGUCCCUGGAGCGGCGGUCAGCUGAUUGAGAGAUUGCGGUUGAGGGCCGCUGGAUGACGAUGCCGCUCUUGGCGAUGGCCGAGGCGAUCCUGGCGAUGUGUGACGGGCCCAUGUCGUCGAAACGGUCCAGGAACGACUGAAUGAUGCACACAGUGAAUGGUGAGUGGUGGCUGCUGAUGUGUUUCAUUACUCACCUUCAGCAGUGCCUGGUUCCAUUGCUGCAUCCACGGGAGCUGCCCGAGAUUGCUCCUGGGGGAGUGGGCGAUGCUGGCGAUCCGAUUCACCGCCCAGAUGCAAGCUGUCAAGUCACUGUAACCAAGAAGCAAGCCAAAGAUACGGUUCCCAUCUCUGUCGGCUGUCUGCAGUUUGGCCUUUUGGUAGCUUACCCAGCAUUGAGGUGCCCCAGGUUAACGGUCAUCCCCAGUGCCUCCGGCCUGCUCACGACAGCCGACGGCGGUAGCCGCAACACCGCACCACCACCACCACCAGCACCACCGCCAGCACCCACAGCAGCGCUCUGAGCCCUCUCACGCCGACCAGCCGUCCGGUCCGCCCGCCCAAUGAACACAGCCGGGGGCGCCUCGACCGCAUAGUGGUCGCUUGCAUACGAGUAGGCAAAGUGUGGUGGGGGGGAGGGCGGGGUCUCGGGCAGCUGCUUGGAGGCGAUGUUUGACGACAGGGGGAACACGGCCACGGCUGGCGGUGGCGGCGUGGAGGAGGCUGCUUGUGUGUGUGUGGCGGGGUGGGAGAGGAAGAGCCCACUGACUUGUUGGGUGAGGGUGAUGAGUGUGGGGUCGCCUCGGGUGGCGAGUAGGUGCGGCAGCUCCUCCGCGACGUUGCCGAGGGCCCACACGAGGUAGAUAAGGGUCUUGGGCUCCAGCACCAGCCGGGGAUCGGCUAUAUACGAGGAGGGGUCGGCCACGCCGUCUGCCGGCACACCAGCCAGAACGGCCUGCCGAGCAGUAAACCGGUCAGAUAUCUCCCUAAAUGAAGGCACCAAACAGAGGGAGAGAACAUGUCUUCAGAAACGAGCAGAAGGUGCAUGGAUGAGCGUGUGUCAUGCAUUCCAUUCCAUUCCAUGCCGUGCCUUCCCUCAUCGACGGACCUGCCGAGCAUGGUGAGUGCGUCGUCUUGUGACGGUCUGAGGCUGGUGAGGCUGCCCAGCGCCUUGACGAGCCACUCGAGCGACACCCUGUCGAGGUCCGACUUGCUCCACAGGGUCGGCUCUGCCAGGGCCUCGGACGCGCGCAUCAGCCACGGUGGCGGCUUCCGACGAUGGCGCCCUGACGUCAUUUAGCAAGUGAGAGAGCGAAAUGGAACGAGAGGCGUGAAUUGGAUGAGGUGCGGCUGUGUGCUUACAUGGUUGGGGGUAGCUUCGCGAAAGGAUCCACAAGAGCUGCGCGCGACCAGUGGGUGUCAACGACUGCAACAACAAACGCACAGAACCAUGCCAUGGGUCGUCUGUCCCUCCACUCUCUCGCACUUUCACCACUCCCUCCCUUACCGCAGCGGUGAUGUUGUUGGUCUCGAUGUGUUCCCACAGCUGCACGGCAUCCACUCCACCCUCCACCCUCAUGCGCGCCUUGCCGCUCACAAGCCGAUCCAACGCCGUCAGCGGGGCCCUCCGCUUCAGCGACCUCCAUUUGUACAGAUCACCAUGCGACGUCGACUCGGCACUCAUCAGACCGCUCACCACCGCCUGCAGGUCUCUUUGUGCAUCUGAUACACCAUCUGCCAGCCGAGGGGGGCCGUCUGAGAGGUCCUGGAUGGCUUGGCUCACUCGGGCGAGCUUCGGGCUGCUGUUGACGGCAGGGUCGCCCCGUUCACCGAGUUCCUUCACGCCGGUGACCAGACAAUGGUGCACUGUGCGGCUGCCCCCCUUGUGUGCCUCGCUGAUGAUCCACAGGGCGUUCAGAAGGGCGCCGCUGUCGCAUGCGCGCCGCACCGAUGGUUCCAGAAACACCACAGCCAUUCGCUCAAAGAACAGCUGCAAGAGGUCCGUCAGCUUUGCUGGUGUGUCACUGCCGGCGGCCAUCUGCCGCUGAAUGGCGAAGAGCGACAGGAGCUGAGAGUUGAGGGUGUCGAUCGCCGCUGGAUCAGCAGCGGCAGAUGCCGCCAGCACCGGCACAUCACCGUGCACCACCGUUGCAAUGAGCUGAUAGAGCAUCCCGCCUUCGCCAUCCUCUUGGCGCCUCUGCAGCAGACCGCUGAGCACUGCCGGCUGCUGAACAGCCAACGACACUAGCUGCCGCAACAGCUGCGCCCUCUCGCCCACACGAUCACCUUUCCUCUGCAUGCCGGCAGCUGGUUGGUCCUCCAGUAGUGCCUCCAUCCUUGCCACCACAUCGUUCUCCGACCGGACAACGCCAGACGGCCUGGCCGUUGUCUCGGUGUCAGGCUGCAGCACACGGGGCAGCGAGGGCGCGCCAUGAGAGCUCUCCGCGCCCUUCUUUGCAGGUCCCAUCUGGGCGUGCAGGUCGGGCCCUUGACCAUUGGGCUGCUCAGCGUCAUUGGGUGUCGCCUCAGUGUAAUGCCGUCGCGCCGGUGUCUUCUUUGUCCUCCUCUGUCUGCCCCGUCCAUUAGCUCCAGACCGCAGAUCCAGGGCAGCGGCCCGGACGUCGACCGUCGCAGCACCGCUGUCACCUCUCUGCUGUUGCAUGAUGAGCGGGAGCUGGGCUGACCGGAGCCGCCUCAAAGACCUGCAGCGGUGAUGAGAUGAGGAUGGCAGCGAGCGACACGGGGCGCCGGUUCUCGUGCAUGGUCGAUGAAGGAAGGCGUCGAGACGAAGGUGCUGCUGGCGAGAAUGCUCAGCUGCAGUUGAUGUGAUUGUGGUCUUGCUUGCCAUAGAGGCCAAGACAGCAUAGAUCAGCGCCAGCGCCACCCUUUGCCGCAUCCGUGUGUGCGUCCUGAUCAUCCCAAUCGUAGAUCAGCCAUCAAGAUCUGCAACCCUUGGGAUCUGGACAAG